AUGGCAAAGAGGAGGUCGUGGUUCGGUUGGAUAAAACGACUGUUCAUCUGCGAGGCAAAAGCCAAAACAGAGAAGAAGCCAAGAAGAUUGAGAUGGGUGUUUAGAAGACUGAAGCUGAGACAUCAGAUUGGAACUACGGUGCAAGAGACAAGGACUUUGAACGAAGCAACAGAGGAUCAGAGAAAACAUGCCGUGAACGUAGCCAUUGCCACGGCAGCAGCAGCUGAGGCGGCGGUUGCAGCCGCCAAGGCAGCUGCUGAGGUUGUCCGAAUGGCGGGAAACACCUUCACGUCACAACAUUUUGUCAAGAAGCGCGAUCCUAGUUUUGCUGCUAUCAAGAUUCAGAGUGCCUUCAGGGCUUAUCUGGCGAGGAAAGCAUUACGGGCCCUGAAGGCACUUGUAAGGCUUCAAGCAAUUGUCCGUGGCCGAGCUGCUAGGCGUAAGGUUUCUGCUUUGUUGAAGUCUUCAACGUCGAGCCUCAUCCAGAGAAGCACAGAGAGAAAACACUGGUCCAAGACCAAAUCUGAGAUCAAAGAAGAGCUCAAGGCAACGAAACAUUCCAUGUGUAACUCGAAGGUAGAGUGCAAUGGUUGGGACAGUAGCGCUCUCACCAAGGAAGACAUCAAAGCCAUAUGGUUGAGGAAGCAAGAAGGUGUGGUCAAGCGUGAGCGUAUGUUGAAAUACUCCCGCUCUCAUCGGGAGAGAAGAAGUCCUCACAUGCUUCUGGAGUCUUUGUACACAAAGGAUAUGGGGAUGCGAAGCUGUCGGCUGGAACAUUUGGGUGAAUCCAAGUUUGAAAAGCCCACAAACUCAAGCGAAAUGACAAAAGUAAAGCUUAGAACUUUGCAGAGACAAGGCUCUGGUGAUGGUCAAGAUUCUCCAUUUUCAUUUCCGAGGAGAUCAUUCAGCCUUCUUGAGCAGAGUUUGUUGGAGGACGAGAGCUGGUUUCAAAGCUCCAAUGGCUUCCAGCCUUACAUGAGUGUGACAAAGUCUGCAAAAGAAAGGUUUAGAUCACUGAGCACACCGAGGCAACGAGUAGGGCUCAUGGAUUCUUGGUUUGAUAACAAUAACAAGGAUGGGGAUAAAGUGUCUCUCUGGUCUUCCUUUGUCAGUGAGACUAGUAAGAUGAACAACUCUAAGAUGUCGUCUCUGACCACAAAUCAACAUUGUUGUUAA